UCUCUCUCCAGCAGCCAAGUAUUGACACUUAGUAGCCAUGAAUGUUCUGGUCGUGGUCGUGUUGGUGGUGCUUGCUGGAAUCAUCCCGGAAACUGUUCCAAGCCCUGUGGCUAAGCCCCUUCAUCCCCUUGGUCUUCUAGGCAUCAAAGGCCUCGGAGGUCUCGGAGGCCUUGGAGGCAAGAGUGGUUUCAGGCAAUCAGGCGGUUAUGGUAACGUUGGUGGUCAAGACGACAUCGGAGGACUCUUGGGCCUGAAGGCUCUUGCGGCUCUUGGAGGACUGAAGGCUCUUGGGAUCGUUGGUGCCCUCGGAGGUCUCAGAGGUCUCGGAGGCAUAGGGAACGGUUUUGGCGGUGGUCGUGGCUUUUAUGGAACCCCUUUCUACAACGGGGGUUAUGGUUCAUCUUCCAACAUCUUCCCGCAGAAGAAGAGUUACUUCGGCUAAUCUUCCCAAGAUUUAGCUUGUCUACCAUCAACUAUGGUAUAGGAACGACUGUCAUCUGAACUGUAUAAUGGCCUCUCUACUGAUUAAGAGCCUCUGAACUAUCUCCCCGCUCUGAACCGUCCGUCACUACUUGGUGAUUGAUAAGAAUUCUUGUACCACUUCUGUUCAUCUACCAGUAAAGUCAUACGGC